AUGGCGGAUUCUUCUCCAGAUUCGUGUUUCAAAGAGGGAAAAUUCAUCGCACCAGGGUUUCGAUUUCACCCGACCGAUGAAGAGCUGGUCAUGUAUUAUCUCAAGAGGAAGAUCUGUAAUAAGAAGCUUAGAAUCAAUGUUAUCGGCGUCGUUGAUGUUUACAAAUUGGAGCCCGAGGAAUUACCUGGUCAAUCGGUGUUGAAGACUGGAGAUCGUCAGUGGUUCUUUUUCACUCCNAGGAGNNGGAAGUAUCCAAACGCAGCUAGGUCAGGUAGANGNACUGCAAGUGGGUAUUGGAAAGCAACAGGAAAGGAUCGAAUCAUUGAGUACAAUUCCAGAUCGGUAGGACUCAAAAAGACUCUUGUUUUCUAUAGAGGUCGUGCACCUAAUGGUGAGCGAACUGACUGGGUGAUGCAUGAGUACACAAUGGAUGAAGAAGAACUGGGGAGAUGUAAGAACGUCAAGGAUUAUUAUGCUCUUUAUAAGAUGUUCAAGAAAAGUGGGUCUGGUCCUAAAAAUGGUGAACAUUAUGGUGCUCUGUUCCAAGAAGAAGAAUGGGUUGAUGAUGAUAACGAAGAUGGAAAUAAUAUUGCUGCAGCAGAGGAACCUGUGGUUCGUUAUGACGAUACUCGUUGUGUGGAUGGUGGUUUACUUUUCAAUCCUGCCAAUCUUCGAUUAGAGGAUAUCGAGGAGCUUCUCAAAGGAAUCCCAGAUGCACCUGGGGUUCCUACAAGAUGUAUUAAUGGCCUUGCUUCUAGUAUUCCCCAGGUUAAUAGCGAAGAAGAGCUGCAGAGCACGUUAGUGAAUAAUUCUGCUAGAGAGUUUCCUACUGCCCGGCAAGUUCAAGAGUUUUGGCCAAACGGCCAGCCAUACAACAGGCCCUCAAGUUUUGGGUCCCUUGUGUCUGCAAAUUCAUUAGAGGCUACUGAGGUCACAUCAGCUCCCAAGACCUCUAGUAUGGCACCUCUUGUGUUUGAGAACGAGAAUUACAUUGAAAUGGAUGAUCUUCUGAUUCCUGAGCUCGGGGCUUCUUCAACUGAGAAAUCAGCUCAGGUCUUGAACCAUGGUGAAGUCGAUGACUUUAAUGAGUUUGACCAAUUGUUUCAUGACGUUUCUAUGUCAUUGGAUAUGGAACCUAUUACUCAGGGAGCUUCUACUGAUCUAUCUUCGCUGAGUAAAUUUAACAACACAUCAGACCAAAGACAGCAGUUUGUUUGUCAACAGUUCCAGGACCAGACUUCUGAGAACCAGCUGAACAACUUCAUGGGUUCUAGCCCAACUCUUGAUCAGUUCACUGACGAUUUGUGGUUUAAUGAUGAUCAGGCUGUUCUUUUUGAUCAACCGCAGUCUUUUUCUGGAGCUUUUGCUUCGCCCUCAUCAGGUGUGUUGCCCGAUUCCACAAAUCCUACUGUGACUGUAAAUGCCCAAGACCAGGAAGGCCAAAAUGGUGGUGAAACGAGCCCGUUCUCAUCAGCUCUGUGGGCAUUUAUGGACUCAAUACCUUCAACACCAGCCUCUGCUUCUGAGGGUCCCCUUAACCGGACCUUUGUGCGGAUGUCUAGCUUCAGCCGUAUGAGGUUCAGUGGAAAGGCUAAUGGAACGGCAGUGACCACUACUAUGGCAAAGAAGCGUAGUGGCAGAAACAGAGGUUUUCUUCUCUUAUCCAUUGUGGGUGCCUUGUGUGCCAUCCUCUGGGUGUUCAUAGCCAUAGUUCGAGUCUCGGGGAGAUCUGUCGUCUCGUGA